AUGAUGAUUAGUCAUCGAUUACAAUCAGUGCCUAUUACAGGCUACUAUCAAUAUUUGUCGCAAAAUCGUCAUCGAGUUAAUGUCGCACCCUAUAAGGGAGUUGACAGUACCGAAACAACAACAACAACAACAACUACUACAUCAAAUUCUGCUUCUCCUGCCGCUACGGCGAUGAACGAUAACGAUCAAGUGUCUGCAGCAAAGUCAUCUUCUACCGAUAACAUAGAACAAUCAUCUUCGAAUCCUAGCGAGAAAGAUGUGACGCAGUGGUCAUCAGCUGAGGUACAACAUUGGAUCGAAGAACAAUGUCAAAAAUUCGAAUUAAAAAAGGCAACAACUGCAAAAUUUCAAAUGAAUGGUCAAGCAUUAGUACUGUUGACGAAACAUGAUUUUCUUAGACGUUCACCAGAUGGAGGAGAAAUAAUUUACUAUGCCCUGCAACGUAUGAUUAAUCCGAAUAAAUUCAAUUCUGUUCGCACUAAGCAAAAUUCGAUGAGAAAUGAUUCAUUUCGUCAGAAUCCUCGAAUUAUUGAAGUUGGUUCAGAUACUGAUGAUCAUCAUAGUGCUACAAGUUCCUCAACAUCAGCAAAACCAAUUGUUGAAGAGCCUGAUGAUCCACCCUUAUUUCGUAAACAAGAAUCAGACAAAGCACACGAAUAUUAUCAAAAUUAUUCUCAAUCAUUCAUGUAUAACAAUUCUCAUGUUCGUCAUCCAAUAUUCACAAUGCCUUCUGCUGCUGCUGCCGCCGCUUAUUAUCAACAACAAGCAUAUCCUAAUGGUUUCAUAUAUGCACAUCAUCAUGUACAUCCACAUAUGACUCAACAACAAAUCUUUCAUCCACGUCCACAUCCACAGACUCAAUUUAUCCAUCAAUACUAUCAAACGAUGUCUGCUCAAGGAAUUUUAAUCGAAGUACUCGAUAAUGAAGAUACACAAAAUCUUGCUGCCAGUGGAUUCAACGUACCAUCGAAUGAAACUUCAAUUAAUGGUUCUACUCCUGAUGAUCAAAAGCAACUCUAUCUAGUUACAAUGAAUGGACAACAAUACGUUAUGACUGAAGAACAAAUUAGACAAUUUGUAGCAGAAAUUCAACAACAGCAGCAACUUUUUCAACAACAACAACAACAACUUCAUCAACAACAGCAGCAACAGCUUCAUCAGCAACAACAGCAACAAUUUCGCCAGCAGCAGCAGCAACAACAACAACAACAGCAACAAUUUCAUCAACAGCAACGACAGCAUUACUCCUAUCAUCAGCAAGCACCUCAAGAUAAAGUCUAUUAUACUUUAUAG